CUCUUAAAAAACAGAGAAAAACGAGGCGCCCAAGGGAGUGAAUAAAAUAUCUGAGGGGAAGAUAGCCGUUGGUAGUGCAUUAGGCUACCAAGACGGGUUGCUCUGCUCUGCUCUACUCGGCUCGGACAAGAAACGGAAAAUAUGGCGAAAACGAGGUCUCGUAAAUCUCAGGAAACAUGCGCUCCUUCAACAUCACCCAAUGCGUACGAGUCUCUGCGUUUGGCGCGCAUUGCAGAGAAUCAGGCUCGCAUGGCAGCUCUCGGGGUCCAAAAAUGCGCGGGAGAUCUGAAGUCAUUCUUUUCGGUUACGAAAUCACCGCGCAGAGAAAAUUCCUCCGCUAAGAAAGCAGUGAAUGUCACUCCCCUGCGCCGCUCGGAGCGUCUGAAAGACAAACCUCUUCCGAUUUCCAACACCACACCGCCCCGCCGAUCCAACCGUGUAUAUUCUUCCUUUACACCAGACUUGGAAAAGAAGGAUUUCUUUGAGCUCGCUGACGAUUUCAUUAGUACCAAGGGAAGGAGACACUACGCAAGAAAUAAGCUGGAGGAGAAUGGGGAGGUUAGACCAGCAAAUGCGCCGAUACCCAUGUGUUCACCAGCUCAAUUGCAGGUCUCCCCAGAAUUACUGGCCCACCGCUGCGACAGCAAGAGCAGAGGGAGCAUUUAUGAUCCCAUUCUGGGGUUAUGCUGCCAUUUUUGCAGGCAGAAGAAACUCUGUGGGGAAGAAGGAUGUGAACGCUGUGGCAAUCGGGAUGGUACACAGGCAUGCUUAGACAUAAAGGUUCUACAGUCAAGGAAAUUGAGCAAAACAGAUUGCUCAGUAUGCCAUUCAAGUACAGGUGUAUUUUGUCGAGCCUGCUUGAAAAUUCGUUAUGGGGAAGAUAUUGAGGAGGUGAGGAAAAAUAAAAAGUGGAUGUGUCCUCACUGCUCAGAAGAGAAAGGCACUAAUCCAUACUGGAUCUGUAACAGCUCUUUCUGUCUGAAGAAGCGCAAUAUUCCACCCACUGGCAUUGCGAUAUUUACAGCCCGGGAGAUGGGAUAUGAAUCUGUAGCACACUAUCUUGUUGACGUAUUGAAGAAGAGAGGCUUCUCUGGGUAACAUGAUGCUCUAAACUCUCUAUUUACACAGGAAGUUCAGAUAUCAACUUAAUGUGACAAAGUUUAUACCAAUUAAUUGAAUGGUUUGAUUUGUCUAUGCCUUUAUGCAUAGUCCAUUCAAAUUGUACAGGCCUAUACUCUGGAAAGUUAUAGGCUAUAUAUAAUGUUGCAAUUGUAACCCUGUAUGAUUAAAACUUUUCAGGUUUAUAAGGUAUCUUUACUUCAAGUCA